UCUUUGAUAUCAUCACUGAUUAGCAUUAUCACGGAAAAAAAUUGUUUCUUUUUUUUGUUAUUUUUCUAAAGUUCAUAAUCGUUUGUUUAACUGGCCAUUUAUUUAUUUUUCUUUUAAAUAUGGAAAGUCUAAGCAAAGCAUUGCGAAUUUCAUUGAUUCAAUUGAAAAUUGGUAAAUCAAAACUGGAGAAUAUUGCACAUGCAUGUAACAGUAUUCGCAAAACGGUCGAAAAAGAUAAACCAACAGUCGUUGCAUUGCCCGAAUGCUUCAAUUCACCGUAUGGAACAUCAUUUUUUAACGAGUAUGCCGAAAACAUUCCCGACGGUGAUACGUGCAAGGCUUUAUCAAACGUUGCAAAAGAGUUAAGUGUAUAUCUCAUUGGCGGCACUAUCCCUGAACGUGAUAAUAGCGAUAAUAAACUUUAUAACACUUGCACCGUUUGGUCUCCAUCGGGUGAUUUAAUUGCAAAAUAUCGUAAAAUCCAUUUAUUCGACAUCGAUGUUAAAGGUGGCAUUCGCUUUAAGGAAUCGGAAACAUUGUCGGCCGGUAAUAAGCUGGCUUAUCUUAAUUUAAAUGGCUUUAAAAUUGGAAUCGGUAUUUGUUAUGACAUUCGCUUCGAAGAAUUGGCCCGUAUUUAUCGCAACAAUGGCUGUCAUAUGCUGCUCUAUCCGGCUGCUUUCAAUAUGACCACAGGCCCAUUACACUGGGAACUAUUGCAACGAGCUCGUGCCAAUGAUUUACAACUAUUUGUGGCAACUGUUUCGCCAGCUAGAGACACCACAUCGAAUUAUGUGGCUUGGGGUCAUUCAACAAUCGUCGAUCCAUGGGGGAAAAUUGUUAAAUCAGCACAAGAUGGUGAAGAGACAAUUGUUGCCGAUCUUGAUACAAGUCUGGUACAGAAAGUCAGAGAACAAAUUCCUGUAUCGAAUCAACGUCGCUUGGAUUUAUACGAUACUUUAUCAAGAUUUUAAUUAAAACACAAACGUUUUUAUUGUACACGUGCGUGUGAUAAUCUUUUGGAUUUUUUUUAAUUAAAAAAUGUUUUGUUAUAAUAUUUA